UCAGCUGACUCGCCGCAUUGCAGACGGCGGAGGCAGUCGGCCACCAUGCGGGCCUUUCUCCUCUUCGUGCCCUGCUUUUUCGGCGCGGGUUCCCUGCUGCCUUGUCCUGGAGAAGGUUCUCCUGUCUUCGAGCGAGGUGGGCCGAAACCAGGACCACGUAAUCUGGAGCACUCCAUCCCCAGGGCUGUGGGUCUCCUUGUUUUAGCCACCUCCCUCUUCCGCCAAGAAGAAUGUGCCAAGGGUUCUGAGGUCUGGUGCCAGAACUUGAAGAUUGCAUCUCAGUGUGGGGCUGUGAAACACUGCCAGCAGACCGUCUGGAGCAAGCCAACCGUGAAAUCCCUCCCAUGUGACUUGUGUAAAGAAGUUAUUACAGUGGUUGGAGACCUCCUAAAAAAUGGCAAAACAGAGAAUGAUAUCCGUGAUUACCUGGAGAAGACCUGUGGGUGGCUUCCAGACCCCAGAUCAUCUGAGUGCAAGGAGAUGGUGGACUCCUACCUACCGGUCAUCCUGGAUAUGAUCAAAGGAGAAGUGAGUCGACCUGGAGAGGUGUGCUCCGCUCUCAGCCUGUGCCAGUCCCUCCAGAAACAGCUGGCCACCCAGGAGCAGCAGAAGCAGCUGGACUCGAACCAGAUUUCUGAAGCGAAUCUGCCCGAGGUGGUGGCUCCGUUCAUGGCCAACGUGCCCCUCCUCCUCUACCCUCAAGACAAGUCUGAGCAGCCUCAGGAGGCGGCCAAGGCUGGUGGGGACGUGUGCAAAGACUGUAUCCAGCUGGUGGCUGACGUCCAGGAUGCCAUGAAAACGAACUCCUCCUUCGUUGAAUCUCUGGUUGCCCAUGCCAAGGAGCAGUGUGACCACCUCGGGCCCGCCAUAGCUGACAUGUGCAAGAACUACAUCAAUCAGUACUCUGACUUGGUUGUCCAGAUGGUGUUGCACAUGCAGGAUCAGCAACCCAAGGAUAUCUGUGGAAUGGCUGGAUUUUGCAGCUCCUCGAAUCAGAUGCCCCUCCAAGCUCUGACACCAGCCAAAGUGGCUGCAGCUGACGAGAUCCCUGCACUGGAGCUGGUGGCCCCCAUCAUGAGCAACGAGGCGCAGGUGAAAAGCGGCCCUACCUGUGAGUUGUGCGAGUAUGUGAUCAAAGAGAUCACCAAGCUGCUGGAAGACAACAAGACGGAGGAAAACGUGAUCCACGCGGUGGAGAAAGUCUGCUCCAUUCUGCCGAAAUCCAUGACGCAGGAGUGCCAAGACUUGGUGGAGGCCUACGGCAAGUCCAUCGUGGAGCUGCUCCUGGAAGAGGCCAGCCCUCAGCUAGUGUGCAGCAUGCUCGGCCUGUGUGCCGGCCGCAGGCCCGCCCAGACAGUGCACUUGGCUGAACUCAAGGCUGAGAAGCCGAAGAUCCGUGGAUUCUGUGAUGUCUGUAAAAAACUGGUUGGCUAUUUGGACCACAACCUGGAGCAGAACAGUACGAAGCAGGAGAUUCUAGCUGGGCUCGAGAAAGGCUGCAGCUUCCUGCCAGAUCCUUACCAGAAGCAGUGCGAUGAGUUUGUGGAUGAGUAUGAACCAGUGCUGAUCGAAAUCCUGGUGGAGAUGAUGGACCCUAACUUUGUGUGUCUGAAAAUUGGAGCGUGUCCCUCAGCUCACCGACCUCUCUUGGGAACAGAGGAGUGUGUCUGGGGCCCGAGCUACUGGUGCAAGAACAUGGAGACGGCUGCCCAGUGCAAUGCCGUUGAACACUGCAAACGUCACGUUUGGAACUAGAAGAAAACGUGGGUUCCUCCUCUCCCCUGUCCACUCCCCUCCCUCCCCAAAUCCUUGGAGAAAGUGCAACAUCUUUUGUGAACUGGGGCUGGAUCACCCUUCUCAAUCUUAAGUUUUGUCUUUUUAAACAGAUCUUCCCCCUGCUGUAUCUUGAUUUUGAUCGUAGCGACGCCCUCAGCCUUGGGAAGUCUGGUCUGCCAUGCUGAGCCCGAACUACUUGGGAAUGUGCUCCAGUGGCUUGUGCUCUAAGGCAUUGUGCAUCGGGACUGCCGACCCCGGGUGGGCGGGGGCUGCCGGUGGGGGGGAAGGGCUGAGUUUAGUGGAAACGCACAGAGGGGAGGACUGUGUCCCCCCAGGAGCAGAGGAAACCGUUUGUCCCGCCUCGCCCUGUCUGCGGUUGGCCUUCCUGCUCUCCUCUCCGCUCCCCUCCCCUUUUCCUCCCGCUGCUUUAGUGGAAGGCAGAGAGCAGCACAGCUGCCCUUCACUAGCCAGAGUCCGAAGUAGCGUUUGUGUGUGUGUGUCCCUCUCUCUCUCUGUGGGGGGAAACCCCAAUGAAUAACCGUUUCAGCAGGGGUUGUUCCAAGCCCACCCCUGGGGCCCUGACAAUCUCUACAUCUACUGAGUUAGAGCUUUACCCAGGCCCCGGGGUGGUGCGGGGGCAAAAUGGUGAGCCGGGGGUAGAGGGGCAGUCAGGGGUGGGGGUUCCAGCAGUGCGGGGAGAGUGUGGCAACCUCAGUGAUCUCCCCCCAACCCCCCCCCCCCGGCAUGGGCUUGCAGAAAUCAGUUCCCCUCAUCCCGCCUCCUUCCGCCACUGCCACAUGGUAGCUCUGGGCUUAGUUGACCAGGCUGGGGCGGCCACAACUCGUGGCCGGGUUCCCCCCGCAACUUUAAUGGUUGCUCAAUCGCUGGGGCAGAUGGGAGCCUCCGCUCCUUGUGACCGAGGCACCCCGUGGCACUGGGUGCAUGUGAGCUGCUGAAGGCCCAUCUGGUAGGUUUCCCCCCAGGGCUAGGAUCAAGGAUGAGGUCUCACUCCCUCUCCCCCUCCCCCCCCAACACUUUGCCCGACAGUGGCUUCUGGUACACCUCAGUUUGGCAGGGAGGGAGAUGUGCAGCCGCUCUUACACCGACUAAAUAUUGACUUAUUUUUUGGUUGUUUUUUGCACUAAAGCUUCUGUAAUUAAUAAAACUUCCGGAAACCAGG